GGCAUUUGUGGUACUAAGCGUGCAUGCCGCCUGCAUGUCCAAAAACCUUCUCACAUAAUAACAGUUUCAAUGUUAUUUAUUUUGUAAUAUCUGAUAGAUACAAGUCAAAUAUUAUAUUUUAAUGUUGUAGAUAUGUAUUCACGCAUAUAUAUAAUGUAGGUAUUUAUUUCAUUGCAAUACAAAAGAGUAGUACAAAAUUCUCAGUAAAAUUGAAAGACAUGUGUAGAAUUGAAUAUAUUGAUGUGAAGUUUAAAAAUAUUUAAAAUGGUUUUAUCAGUAGAGUUAUUGAAGCGACUAAACGCAAAUGAAGAACCUUUACCUAAACGUUUAAAAUUAGCAGAAAAUGUUUUUCAUGCUGUUGAAGUACCAAUAGCAUAUAAGGAAGAUCUUAUUUUACAAUGGCUUUGUAAAAUAUCUAAUGGAGAUCAAAAGGCUUGGAGCUUAUUAAGAAGCUGUUUAAAAAUUAAACAUCUGGAUAUUAAAAUUAAUGUAAAAAAGUUAUUGGUUAAUACCCUUAUUGAAACACUUCAAAAGGGUAUAAAAGAUACGUACAGUGAUGUUUUUAAAUGUUGUGAAUUAAUAAUUGCUAAUGAUGGAGUACAACAAUAUUUUAACAGCAAACCAGAGGAGUUAGGACUUUUGAUAAAGUGUUUAUUAGAAUGCAUACAUACUAUUCUUGAAUGCAAUUUUAACACUGAGAAACAAUCAAUAGAAGAAAUAAGCAUAAAAUUCGUUAACAAAAAUGAUGAACUCUCAUUAACAGCUUACAACACAAUAAUUACUGUCAUAGAAAGUAUGAUCCAAAUGUAUAAAACUACUUCUACUAUAAAAGAUAAUUUAAGAACUAUAUUUAUACGUGAUGUUUUAUAUCCUGUAUGUGAUAUAAUUGAUCAUAAACGCACUGAUAACACAAAUAGAUUGGGAGCUGUAACUUACAAGUGCAUUCAGCAAUUGAUUUUCAAGAAAAAACAUGUACAAAGUAAAGAAUUUAUAGAGGACAAAAAUAUAAUACAGUUUGAAAAUUUAUUAUCCAUUUUAGCCAAGGAAGCAAAGACAAAAGAUCUUCAAAGUAAUUUGGUGACAUUUAUCUUUUUUUUUCGUGCUGCAAUAAAUAUUUUCAAGACAGAUAAUAUCAUAUUAGAUCUAAUAUUCAGAGAAUUAGUAAAGUGUGCAGGAAUAUAUGAAAAAGAAAUCUUUAAUUCUUUUUUGAAAAAUUUAAAUGAUGUAACAUUUGAUUUUGACAAUAAAAUACACAACAUUACAUUGUUUGAUUACUGUCAAAAUAUAAUAGAUAAUAUCCUAUCAAGUAAAAAGAUGAGUAGAAUAGAUUAUGAUCUUCUGACACAAUUUUGUCAUUUUAAUCCUCUCUUAAUUGAGAAGAAUAUGCAAGAGAUAUUGAAAAAAAUAUUUAUGGGAAAAUCAGUGCCAGAAUGUACAAAACUAAUUACCUCUAUUAUGGAUGUUUGUAUACAUUUAAGGCAAGAAGAAAAAAUAAUUUCAACAAUGUUGAUCACUUUGAACAAUUCCUUAAAUAAUAAAAAUACAGAAAUUGAUAUAUCCUUUCUGAAUGAAUUCAAAGAAAAAUUUAUGAAAUCAGUAAAUAACAUUACGAGUACGCAAAAUAUAAAUAUAUUAAGAACAUUAAUAUAUCAUUUAAAAACUAAUUGUACGGAAGUGUUACAAUCUGAUGAUACCUGUACAGGUAAAAAUAUUGUAAUAUUACAAGCAACAGUUAAAUUGCUUACUACAUUUUUAGAUGGUACAUGUGUUUUUGAACAUACAGGAACAUUAGCUUUUUAUAAGAAGUUUGUGAAUGAUUUUAAUGAGUUAAGAAAUAUUUUAUCACUUUUGAUAGCUCAAAUGUUACACUUAAGUUAUAAUGAGAAAAUUACCGUAACGUUAUUAGCUGCAAUAUUCUCAUGGAACGAAAUGCAAAGAGCACUCAUAUAUUAUAUGCCAAAAAUUGUUCCACAAAACUUGAAAUUUCCUAUAUCAGAAGAUCAGUGGCAACAAUUGAUUCAACGAAUUACAAAUUUUGGAACAGACAAUAGUAAAAACAGUAUGAAUAAACUUAUUUUACAACAAGUUAGGAUAUCUCAAAAUUCUUUAAGUGAAUCUUCAGUGAUGCUUAAUAAUCUAAUAGGUGGUUUAGAAUAUUCUUGGCAAUAUAUAUUAAAAUUUGAUACGCAAAUAAUACCAUUUUUGAAUAAUGAACAGAUAUCAAAAAUAGCAAAUUUAUUGUUAAUACAAAUGACAUGCAAUGCAGAUAAUUUUAGUGAAUGGAUAGAAGUGUUAUACAAAGAUAGCCUGCAAGAAAACAGAAGACUAGUACUAUCUCUAUCAAAUUGUGUUUUCAUUCAAAUUGGACAAUUAGUAACAGGAGUAACAAAAUCUAUAAGUGAAUAUUUUCAUACUGAAUUCCUACUUGAAGCAGAAAUGAAUGAAAAUAAAAAGUUAAAUAAUAUAUUAAUACAUAUAAAAGAAGAAUUAUUAAAAGAAAAAUGGAUUUAUGCAGAUGAUACAUCUUUAACUAAAAUUAAAAUGCAUUUAGAAGUAUUGUUUCAUCUACCUGUAAUGUUUUUGAAAUCUGAAAUCAGAAUAGCAAUGUUUAUGUUCAUAUUUGCUCUUAGAAUGGAAUGCAACCGUAACGAUGAGAUAAUUUCAUUAUGUAACACGAUAUUUUCAGAUUUACUAGAAAAGUCUGAUGUUAACAUAUUUGAGUAUAUAAAUCCCUCCUUAUUAUUAAGUCAGUUACCACAUAACAAAAUUACUCAGAGAAGUAUAGAACUAUUUCUUAGAAGUUGUUUAUCAUAUGCAGUUUUAAAGAAGCUUGUAAAAUCUUCUAUGAAUUCUAAAAAGAAUAUUCUUCUUUUAUUAAAAUCUAUGGAACAUGUUAAAGCAAAAUUAAACACUGAUCAAAAGGUAAUUAUUAAAAAGGCAGAGAAGAAAAUAAGUAAAACUAUAAUGAAAACAGUAUCGUCAAAAAUAACAGAAAUUGACGACUUGAAAAUAUUGAAUUUAAUAUUGAAAAUCAAUCUUACAAACGAAAGCGUUGAAGAAAAAUUAAAAAUAUUAGCACAAUCUAUACUUGAUGAUAUAUUUAUGAAUGAUAAUAACAAUAAAAUAAGAAAUGAAAUGUUGCAAGAUGGACUACAAUUAGCAACUAUUAUCCUCCAUAAUCAGAAAAUAUUUCAAAUUACGAAUGAGACAUUAAGAGGGAUAUGGUUUGUCUCCUUCAACUAUCCGUGUGUUGAUGUAAUUUUACCUUUAUUAGAAUCAAGUGAAGCAAAAGAAGUACACGAAUUAUUUGAACAUUUACAUAAUCAAGUGAUAAAAGCUCUUUCCAAUGCACAAGAAAAUGAUGUAGAAAACAUUUAUAUAAUAUGGAAUUCUAUAUUGAAAAUAAAUAUGUCUAACAAUCGAAGUAAACUACGCUUAUUAGCUAUCAGUAAAUUAAUUCAAACAAUACAAAAUAUAAUUAUACCAAGAAACCUUUGGCCGAGUUUGUUGAAAUUAAUUCGAAACGUUCUCUCCACUAAGCAUUUAUAUCUGCCGGGUUAUGUUAUAGACAUGUGUAUAUUUGUUGGAUUGAAAGCAUUACAAGAGACUACAAUAUCAAUUUGUAGUGACACAUUAGAAUUAUGUAAUGUAUUACUAAAAACGAGAACAAGUUUAAUUACAGAUAGAUUACCUGCAUUAUUAUUAUUAUAUAGACAAAUAUUGAGUAUUGUUGUCCAUAAAUCCAAAAUUAUUAUUAAUAAAUCUGAAGAAUACAUAUUCAAAUGUCUGGCACUGGAUAUUGAAAAGUUUAUAAACUUUUUAACAAAACUAAGAAAAGAAUUGAUUCAUAUAAGUCCUUAUCUGAUAGCAGAUUUGUUGGAACUGUUUUCAGAAGAUUCAAUAGCAAGUUUUGUGAAGAUUUCUUUACAAAACUGUAUAAAUCAUUUAAUUAGUAUAUGUGAUCAUCAUGGAAUUGCAUUAUUAUCUCGAACACUACCUAUUUCGAUGCAAGAGAUGUUUAAAGUUCAAUUAAAUGUAUAUAAUCAAUUUUACAAAUUCUCUGGAAAAAUUUAAGUAACACUUUAUAUAUGACAAUGUAUGUACGGUUUUUAUUAUUCAAAAUAUCAUGAAUUGUAUACAUUCUGUUUAUAUGAACAAGAAUUUAUAUUACAUGAAAGAUCUACAAAGUUAAUAUAAAUAAAUAAAACUUGUUUGUAUUAUUACACUUAUCCGCUUUUCAUAUUCUUUGAAGGAGCAAAGAAAGCCACAUGCAUAAAUAUGUAAUUAAAAAGUAAGCGGGAAAUUGAAAUGCUGGUAGAGGGAAGCUGCGUAGUCGAGAGGCUGAUACGGUACUUUGGGUUAGGUAUAUUAUUUUUACCUUCAGCACGACUAAUAUAGAUUCGGCAGUUGUUACAACUAUCAUUAUUUAGUUGUAUUUAGACAGUUUGCGGCUGUUCUUGUGCUAGGUUUUGCUACUGCUUAUUAUUCUUGGAAUGAACCAUUAAAACAAUACGCGAAAGAAAACUUUGGAGGUAAUAACGUAAAUAAAUUUAUCAUCUUACAGGAGAUACGCGAUGACAAGGACAAAACAAUUCUUUAACACACCAACAAAGAUAUCGUUAUGUGUAGGUGGAUUUAUGGGAUGCAUUUUAUGUUUCAAAAUUUAUGUACAAGAUUAUGUUACCCAUUACAAAAAAAAAGAUAAUGAAAUAUAUGCAAAUAUCAUUUAUGAAAAACGCAAGGAAAGAGAACAACAACUUAAAUCAACAUAAAACUCACAUAGUUAUUAUUAUAUAAUUAUAUUUAAUAAAUUACAUAUUUAAUAAUUUA